AUGCUACCCUCCUCUGCUUCUCAACCUGUAGCCCCUGAAACGUUCUCACCGCUCCCCGUAUCUCGAUUCUUGCUGUCUCGCACUAGCUCUCGAAAUCUCAAGGAGAACUCAAGUCGCAUCGGAACUCGCUUACUCGCUUCUCCCUUCAGUAGUCGCCCUGGUUCCCGCACGUCAUCUCCUAAGGCUGGAGCAAAGACGAAGGCUACCAAACGUCCCACCUUCCACAGCAAGUCCAGAACUUUGUCGAACUCUACCUUUAAGCACAGUAUUAACACAAAUUCCAGCAUUAGUGGACCGAGAGCAGAUAUUUUAGACCCAUCCGUUGGGGUUUCUGGCUCAUUUUACUCCAACACGCCAUCGACAGCCAGUAUACCCGAUAAGCCCAAAGCAAGUUCAACUCUUCAUAUCCGCACUGGCUCUAUCCCUUCAGUACCCUCGCACCAGGACUUUUCGCAGACAUGGCUCGUUCCGCCUCAGAAACUUUCCCGGUCACCUCCCCCUGUUGACCCAGAACAUCCAUCCUUCUUCACCCACGUUCCGAACCAGAUGUCCACUCCUCCUCGCAAGCGGCGCGCAACUACUGGAGCCUGGCAGCUCAACCAAAACUAUCCGCAGCCGGACGAUCCUAAUAGGCCAAUGCCGGAUCAGUCUACGGGGGUUAAAGCUAUGAUGGUAGAUCCGUCAACUCCCAGUUCCUCUCCCCCCGAGGCCCCGCGACCUCCUCGUAGACGGCGUCGUACUGUACUCUCUUUCUCGACUGAACGCUCUGCACUUGACUUUUCCGUGCCACUUUCUGAUCUCAACAAUGCUCAGUCUUCGCGAACUCAUACUCGCGCUGUGCAGGCUCCCAACGAUUCGAUGCUGGUCGAUCUCUGUCGUCCCGCCCAGUCUUCAUUGGGACACGCACUUGAGUCUACUUUAAAUUCUGUACCUGAAGCUCCUGCUAUUACGUCUCUCUCUGUUCCUACAUCCCCCAUCGCGUUCGCGCCCGCCCUCGACGCGGCUUAUCUUCGCAGUCGUCUUGCUUCCCUCGGUUCCCCACUCUCAUCUCCCGCUCAUGGAUCGCGGCGCGGGCCCCCGACCACUCACUCAGACUCAGAAGACGAGCUUCGGGAUCUGUUUUCUGUGCUGGGUCUAGAUGAAGAUGAAAAAUGGAACUGUAUCUCAGGAUCUAUCGUCAAUCGGGCCAAAGAAAGUACCGGAGUUGACGCUUAUACCCUUCUACGUUCACGUUCCCAUGAUUCCACGGUGCCAAAGACUUCUCGCAGCAAGGAGCAGACACACAGACGCAAGCGUGGCGAUACUAUCCGUGCAUCCGAUUUCAUUCGCCCUUCAGCAUCCUUCGGCGGCUCCAUCGCUCCAUUAGACACUCGAUAUAAACCCAACGGAAAUGUGGUCGCGCAUGGCGCUCCGUCGACGCGCCGCACUCGUUCUGGAACAGUUACCCUCUCUAACGCUGUUCCUUCAGCGUCUACCUCACGUCCUUCUGCUACAGUUCCAAAGCACUUGCAUAGACGGCAUGCCAGCGGCUUGCCUACCAUCCAGAUGAAAGUUGACGACGAGCCACUUCGUAUGCGACCCGGCGACAACGAGGAAGAUGAACUGCUGUUGAGAGCAGGAAGCGUGAUUGAGUAA